CUUCCGAUGGUCCGAAAGACCGGCGUCAUUUCCCUCUCCUGCAUUAUAGCAUACGCUCGGUGGCGAGUGUGGUGCGUAUGAAGUGAUAUUGAAUUUCAUAUACGUAAGAAAAAUAGUGUCAAGCGGCUGACUGAAUAAGCUAAACGUACUGGUUCAAGACCUCGUUCCUUUUACAACUGAUUUUGUUUAUCGUCGUCAACUGAAUUGAAGCUUUAAGUCGAGGUCGAUCGUGGACGUUGCGUUCCUUGCUUCAAUAUGUACACGCGAAGCAGACAAAGCCAGCAAAACUACGGCAACGGACGGAAUCCGAACAAUCCUCAAUCCCAGGGAAGCCAAGGAUCUCAAGGAUCUUACUCAAUGCCUGUACUAGUAGCUAUACAACAAUACCGAGGAGGUGCAUUCGACCAAAGACUAGGUCGUCGGUUACCCACAUAGCAUACCCUACCGUAGGCCGUUUUCUUGGUAGUUCGUGCUGAACUCGUGCCUAAGCAAAUUUCUCAUAGAAAUGCUACGUUAUUAUAAGCAUUCUACUUGUUACCUUAAAUCCUCGAUUCUCAAACGUCUUAUUUAAAUUUAAUAAGAAAUUAUUUGGAUCUUUUAAUUUACAAUAUUUACAUCAAAAUCCUACAAUAUGAUUUUAUACCAUAAAUUUAAUAUUUUUCUAAUCUCUUUAUUUUUUAUGUAUUUUAAUUUGUCAAUAAAAAAUAAUUUUUAAUUUAUUGUUUUUUUACAAAUGUCUGUGUAAGAAACACAGUAAAACAUGCCAUUUAUUAAUAGCAAAUUUUUAAUUUCACGAACUUAGCUAAGUCAUGAGUAAAGAGACGUUGGCCACAGUAAAGGUAACAUGGUUGGUAUGAGCUAUGGGGGUAGCAUUUAAUUAUUGUAACACGAUACUAGACCUUGGUGGGGUAGCACAACCGUAGAGGUUCCUUGUGUAGCGGCGACCCACCCUAUGUUUUACAGUAUAAUACACAAGGAAACUAUCAAGCAUCGCAGCUUCAACAAAGCAAUUAUAAACAAGACAACGUACAAAACUCACAAGGAUUCAAAUCACAGCAGCAACAGCAACAACAACCAGCGCAAAUGUCAGCAACUGCGUCAGCCCGGCCUUUACCACCUAUACCACCUACACAACAACUAAAACAACAGCAGUUACAACAACAAGGACAACAGCAAAAGUUACAGCAGCAGCAACAACAACAGCAGCAAGGACAACAACAAAAGUUACAACUGCAGCAGCAGCAGCAGCAAAAAUUACUACAGCAACAACAACAGCAACAAUCGCCGCAGCAGCAAAUAAAUCAACAAGCUAUGCAACAGCAGGCACCACAGCAGCAGCAACAGCCAAUGCCGCAACGAUUGAAGCCGAUCUUGAAGCAAAGUACACCAAUUGCACAGCCGGCUGCAACUGUUGCGCAAUCUAUGACUUCUCAACCUCCUCCAAUGCCUCCAAACUCUACUAAUAAUAAUGCUGAUAUGUCGGAUGAUAAUAUAAAGAAUGACAUGGAUGUUGAUAUGCAAGAUGCCCAACCAAGAUGGCGAAGAAAGAUACCUGGAUUUAAAGUAAAUAAGAAAUUGAAACGUCUUCGUAUGAAUCAACGUCUAAGAAAAACUUUACAACCCAAAAACGCAAUCAUGGUAUUAAACGAGAUGAAAGCUGGAGUUCAAUUUACAUUCCCUGAAUCACAAGGACCUAUGCCAAAUUCGCUUUAUCUCGUUCAUGCUGAACUUGAUGGUAAAACUUAUGUUGGACAAGGAUUAUCUAAACCACUUGCUCGUCAAAAUGCUGCAGAAAAUGCAUUAAAGGCUUUAUUACUUGAAAAAAUGACAGCAGCAUCUAUGAAAGCACGUCUAGAUGCUGAAUCAGAUGGACAAACUACUAAUAUACCUAUGGAUGGAAUAAAAGAAGAUAGUAAUGACGAUAGCAGUACUGCUAUGGACACUGCUACUGAAGAUGAAAUUCCAUGGAGUUCAUUGGCCAGUUUUGCACUUUAUAAGCUUUUCCUUGAAUGGCAUAAUCAGGGAACAUCAGUUCCAGUCCCACGACCUGGUUUACCAAAUGCAAAAGGAGUCAAAAAAGACUCAACUCUUACUGCUGCAAAAACUCCUGCUCAAAAGGAACUCCCACCCAAUCCUACGAGUAUACAUCCAGUUAUGUUACUGAACCAAAUGAGACCUGGACUAACAUAUACAGAGCUGAGCCGUGUUGGUAACCCACCAAAUACAAUGUUUACUCUGGCCGUUGAAAUUGGUGGAGUUGAAUAUUCAGGAACAGCUAAAAACAAAAAAGAUGCCAAGAAAGCAGCAGCUAAAUCAGCAUUACUGGCAUUAUAUAACUUAGCCUAUCCAGAGGAUACUUCUAAAGAAUUAACGGCAAUUGGUUAAAGUGAACAUUACCUAAUACAAACUCUUCAAAGAUGAUGUUACACUCAGAUUAGUUUUUUUUUUUUUUUACUUUUAGUCACAAAGUAUCAGUAAUUAUUUUUAAUGAUUUGAUGACAAUUCCACCUAUGAGCUAAUUCUGUCAUUUAUCCAUAUUGACAAUCUUGAAUGUUUUUGCGUUUUAUUUUGUAUUUCAUCUUCGUACAUGAUAAAUGUAUGCGUAAUGAUGAAAUUAUUAUAUGAUCGUUGUCAUGUCAAAAUACAAAUAUACAAAUUAUGAAUCACAUGAUUCAAAUAAUUCAAUAACACCUGAUUUCUUGUAACAUUAUUUUGUCUUGUAUAUUUUUUAGUCUAUAUAUUUUUCAAAAAUCAAUGUAUCCAACAUAGACUAGAAAAAAAUUAUAUAACUAAAUCCUUAAUUUUUAUUGUGUAUACAUAUUAAAAAUUUAAUUAUAUAUACAUAUAUAAUUGAAUUUGCAUUAUAUAAUUAAAUAUAUAAUUUGAUAUUUUUAAUGACGUUUGGAAUAAUUACAGAAAGAAUAAUAUUACAAGAAGUUGGACACAUUAAAUCAAUUUUUUUACCUUUUUUUUCAUGAUUAAUACAAAUAUAAUAGCUUGUCAAUGAAAUGAUUAAUGAAACACCGAUUAGAAUGCAUUGUAGCUUAUAUUUUUUGGUAUAGAAAUCUAGUAAUAAUUUCACACACAUUUAGAAUUUGAAAGAAAAAUUUUACCAUAAGUAAUUUACAUCGUAUUAGCAAAGUGUUCUUCACAAUAAGCAAAUUAUAAUUUUUAUUAUAAUCACAUUUCAAUUAUUGCAAUAAUAACAAUGGUUACAUAACCCAUUGUUUUAUUACGUAGUGUUAAUAUACUGUUAAAACAGUAUUGUAAUGAAUGUAUUAAACAUUAAUGUAUUCACAAUAAAAUAUUAACUUUACAAACGGCA